AUGUCACAAGACUUUCAAUUGCUGCCGAAAAUCAUCAACGGCGGCGUGGGUUCCAUGGUUGGCGUUCUGUGCGUCUUCCCAUUGGACUUUGUGAAGACACGCCUGCAAAACCAGCAAAUCGGGCCGAAUGGUGAAAAACAAUAUAGCAGCAUAGCAGAUUGCUUCCGCAAAUCCAUACGCAACGAAGGCAUAUUGGGCAUGUAUCGAGGCAUAACCGUCAUUUUACUGCUUAGCACACCGGAGAAGGCCAUCAAAUUGGCGGCCAAUGACUACUUUCGCUUCUAUCUAACGAAAACCGAUGGCACGCUGCCAAUACCCCGACAAAUGCUAGCUGGCGCAGGCGCCGGUUGCUUUCAAGUACUUGUUUCCACUCCAAUGGAAUUUAUUAAAAUCCAAUUGCAGGAUGCAGGACGUGUAGCAAAGGAAGGUCGCGUAACGGAACGCAUUACAGCUACGAGUAUUUUCCUCAAAAUGUAUCGAGAACGUGGAAUAUUCGGUUUGUAUCGCGGCAUUGGGCCAACUGCUUUUCGUGAUAUACUUUUUUGCUUCGUCUACUUUCCGCUGUUCGCUGGCCUCAAUGCUAUGGGACCACGAAAGCCAAAUUCCGAGGAAGCUGCACCGUGGGUCUCUUUUAUGGGUGGUCUCCUCUCGGGUUGUGCUUCAGCGUUUGUGGUAACGCCAUUUGAUGUGGUGAAAACACGCCUGCAAGCACUCCAGAAGCGCGCGGGUGAACAAGAAUUCAAUGGCAUUUUCGAUUGCUUCGUAAAAACGAUGCGCAGAGAGGGUGUUACGGCGCUCUUUAAGGGUGGACUUUGCCGAGUGAUGGUCAUAUCGCCAUUGUAUGGCAUUGUACAGGUCAUUUACUUUUUGGGUAUCGGUGAGGCUGUGUGUAAUACUACAUUGUUUGGCCGAGGAGCUUGA